AUGAUGUCCAACCCGCAGUUUGCACAGAGCAUGAUGAACAUGCACCCGCAGCUGCGCCAGGCGAUGGAGGAGAACCCCGAGCUGCGGAACAUGAUAACCGACCCUGAGAUGCUCCGGCAGACGAUGAGCGCUGCGUCCAACCCGAUGCUGAUGCAGGAGCUGCAGCGCAGCAACGACCGAGCGCUGGCAAACCUGGAGGCCAUGCCCGGUGGCCUGGCCCAGAUCCGCCGCGUCUACAACAACUUCCAAGAGCCGCUGUCGCGCGCUGCCAUGGACGGCCCGAACCAGUCGCUGGAUGCGCUGAACGCACGGCGGGCGCGGUGCUGGGCGUGA